AUGGUGGUCGUUUCCGAUACACACGGAUUUGAAAAAGAUUUAGGAGUCUUGCCCCAAGGAGAUGUCUUGUUGCAUUUGGGAGAUUUUGCACGCGAUGGACCGCCCUGGGUCAAACAAAACUCGCUCCAACUACUCGACGAAUGGUUGGCACAACAACCCCAUAAGCACAAGAUUGUCCUCAAGGGCAAUCAUGAUCCAAGAGCCUACAAACCAUUUGUGCAGAAUCCGCAAGCACUCUAUGCGACAUCGGUACAGUCCGUCACUAUCGAGGGAUUCGUAUUGGCAUUGGUGCCGUUUCGAUACCAGUCUGCGAAAAUUGGCAAGAAAAACAAGUCAAAGGCAAAGCCUUUACUGCUGCCCGAAGCGUGCCAUGUAGUGGCAUCCCAUGUCCCACCCAAAGGAAUACUGGAUACGGUCUGCACCAAUGGCAAAGCGGCAGGAUGUGACGUCUUGCGACAACAACUAGUCUCGUCGACGACGCCACCACCAUUGGUACUCUGUGGUCAUAUUCAUGAAAGCCGGGGAUGGGAGGAACACAACUUUAAUGCUGCUAAUGAUGAUAGCAAUACAUUGGUGGUCAAUGCCGCAAAUGCCAAUCAUGGCAGGGCCACCAAGAUUGUCCAUGGUCCCGUGGUGGUUGAAUUGACGCGACAACAACAACAAGAUGGCAAGGAGCAUGUCCAGGUGGAAUUGUUGCAAAUGGAGCAGCAAGGUCUUCCAGAGAGCUCAAAACGUUGGGAGCAAGAGGCUAUGUGGCGUGAGCAAUAA